UCAACCCCAACCCCAACCCCCUCCCGCUCUCCGUCUCCCCGCCCCGCGCCGCACCGCACGCCCAUCCCGCAGCAUGGCGGGCGCGGGGGGUCCGGGGGGGUCCGCGCCUCCUUGGUAUCACCGCGAUCUGAGCCGGGCGGCCGCCGAGGAACUGCUGGCGAGGGCGGGGAGGGACGGAGGCUUCCUGGUGCGGGACAGCGAGAGCGUGCCUGGGGCCUAUGCGUUGUGUCUGCUGUUCCAGAAGCACGUCCACACCUACCGCAUCCUGCCUGACGAGGAGGAUUUCUUGGCAGUGCAGACAUCGCAGGGAGUGCAGGUGAGGCGCUUCAAGACGCUGAGCGAGCUGAUCUCGCUGUACCUGCAGCCCAACCAAGGGCUGGUGUGCACCCUGCUCUUCCCAGUCGAGAGGGAGAAGGAGAAGGAGGGCGCAGAGGACAGGGAUUACUCGGAUGGCGAGGAUGAGAAGCCUCCUCUCCCCCCGCGCUCCAGCACCAGCAGCUUCUCAGGGUCUUCCGUGGGGCUCAGCCCCAGCAGCCCAGGGCCGGCAGCGGCUGAUGGGGCAGCGGAGAGCACCAACGGCCUGGCCAGCAUCUCCCACGAGUACCUGAAGGGCAGCUAUGCGCUGGACCUGGAGGCUGUGAAAGCUGGGGCCAGCAGCCUGCCCCACCUCCACAGGACCCUCGUCACCUCCUGCAAGCGGCUGCACAGUGAGGUGGACAAGGUGCUGGCAGGGCUGGAGAUCCUCUCCAAGGUGUUCGACCAGCAGAGUUCCCCCAUGGUGUCCAAGAUCCUCCAGCAGACGGCGCCACAGAGUGGGGAGCAGGAACUGGAGAGCCUGGUGCUGAAACUGUCUGUGCUGAAGGAUUUCCUCUCCAGCAUCGAGAAGAAGGCACUGAAAGCACUACAGGAGAUGAGUUCCGCCAGCCCGGCUGUGCCGGCGCAGCCCGUAUCCCGCAGAGCCAAAAGCAUCCCGGUGCAAACCUUCGAGGUGAAGCUGGACGUCACCCUGGGGGACCUGACCAAGAUCGGCAAGUCGCAGAAAUACACGCUGAGCGUGGAUGUGGAGGGCGGCAAGCUGGUGGUGCUCAAGAAGCAGAGGGACGCCCAGGAGGACUGGAACACCUUCACCUAUGAUAAAAUUCGGCAGCUGAUCAAAUCGCAGCGCGUGCAGAACAAACUGGGCAUCGUCUUUGAGAAGGAGAAGGACCGGACGCAGCGCAAGGAUUUCGUGUUCGUCAGCGCCCGGAAGAGGGAGGCGUUCUGCCAGCUGCUGCAGCUGAUGAAGAACAAGCACUCACAGCAGGACGAGCCAGACAUGAUCUCCAUCUUCAUCGGCACCUGGAACAUGGGCAGCGUGCCCCCCCCCAAGAGCAUCACGUCGUGGUUCACGUGCAAGGGGCUGGGCAAGGCGCUGGAUGAGGUGACAGCCAAUCCGCACGACAUCUACGUCUUUGGCACCCAGGAGAAUUCGGUGGGAGACAAGGAAUGGGUGGAUUUCCUGCGUGCCGUGCUCAGGGAUUUCACCGACACCGAGUACCGGCCGGUGGCCGUGCAGUCGCUGUGGAACAUCAAGGUGGCCGUGCUGGUGAAGCCGGAGCACGAGAACCGCAUCAGCCACGUCAGCACGUCCAGCGUCAAGACCGGCAUCGCCAACACACUGGGCAACAAGGGUGCUGUGGGUGUCUCCUUCAUGUUCAAUGGCACGUCCUUCGGCUUCGUCAACUGCCACCUCACCUCGGGCAACGAGAAGACGGCCAGGAGGAACCAGAACUACCUGGACAUCCUGCGCCUGCUCUCGCUGGGCGACAAGCAGCUCAGCUCCUUCGACAUCUCGCUGCGCUUCACCCACCUCUUCUGGUUUGGGGACCUCAACUACCGCCUGGAUAUGGACAUCCAGGAGAUCCUGAACUACAUCAGCCGCAAGGAGUUUGAGCCGCUGCUCAAAGUGGAUCAGCUCAACCUGGAGAAGGAGAAGCACAAAGUGUUCCUGCGCUUCGGAGAGGAGGAGAUCACCUUCCCCCCCACGUACCGCUAUGAGCGCGGCUCGCGGGACACCUACGUGUGGCACAAGCAGAAGCCCACGGGGGUUCGCACCAACGUCCCGUCCUGGUGCGACCGCAUCCUCUGGAAGUCGUACCCCGAAACCCACGUCAACUGCAACGCCUAUGGCUGCACCGACGACAUCACGACCAGCGACCAUUCGCCCGUCUUUGGCUCCUUCGAGGUCGGCGUCACGUCGCAGUUCGUCUCCAAGAAAGGUACAGGCUGUUCCAAGUCAUCGGAUCAGGCGUACAUCGAGUUUGAGAGCAUCGAGGCCAUCGUGAAGACGGCGAGCCGCACCAAGUUCUUCAUCGAGUUCUACUCCACCUGCCUGGAGGAAUUCAAGAAGAGCAGCGAGAACGACACGCAGAGCAGCGACAACAUCAACUUCCUCAAGGUGCAGUGGUCGUCGCGGCAGCUGCCCACGCUGAAACCCAUCCUCUCUGAGAUCGAAUACCUGCAGGACCAACACCUGCUGCUCACCGUUAAGUCCUUGGAUGGCUACGAGUCCUAUGGGGAAUGCGUCAUCGCCCUCAAGUCCAUGAUUGGCAGCACGGCACAGCAGUUCCUCACUUACCUCUCGCACCGUGGCGAGGAGACGGGCAACAUCCGCGGCUCCAUGAAGGUGCGCGUGUCUGCGGAGCGCCUGGGCACCCGCGAGAGGCUCUAUGAAUGGAUCAGUGUUGAUAAGGAUGAGGCGGCAGGCGGCAAAGCGAGGGGCCAGCUGAGCACCAGAGCCCCCCAGGAGUGUGCCAAGUCCAUGGUUAGGAAGCCCCCCGGGGCCGAUCCUCCCACCCCCCCCCAUCCAAAGCCCCCGAGGAGCCUGAGAAGGGCAGCACAGCUCCGACCCCCCGCCUGCCCACCCCACACCGUGGGCACCUCCAGGGAUGAGGCCGCCCUGAGCCGCUCCAAAGCAGAACCGAACAGUUUCAAUAACCCUGCAUAUUACGUGCUGGAAGGGGUCCCUCACCAAUUGCUGGGCCCCCGAUCCCCCACCCCCCGGCAAACCCCCCGUCCCCAAAACCAAAGCCGUGCCCCCCGAACGCCGCCGGCAUCCGUCUGCAGGCCCCCCCCCCUCCGUGCUCAUGAGGACACUUCCUCGGAUGAAGACCCCAACCCAAUCGCUUUGCCCCCUCCAGACUUUCCCCCUCCUCCUCUGCCCCGUGAGCUGGAGGGGGCCGAAAGCACCAGGGAGCCGUUGGGGGGGGGUCGGCUGUGGUGGAAUAUGGGGGGGUUGGGGGGGGGGCGCGGGGGGUCAGGAGGGAGGGGGAGGUUGGAGCUGCCCCCCCGCUGCCUGCACCCCGAUUACAGCCGCCCCAUCGCCUUCGCAUCCCACUGCAUCCGAGAGAGCAUCCAGGAGGAUCUGGUUGAGGAGCACCGUGUCCCCCCUUCCCCCAACCCUGCUGCAGGCGCUGUGCCAGGCGGGCCGCGGCAGCGGGCGUCAGCGAGUCCAAUGUGGGGGAAUGGCUGCGGGGGUUUGGGGCUGGAGAGGUACGAGGAGGGGCUGCUGCACAACGGCUGGGACGACCUGGAGUUCCUCAGUGACAUCACGGAGGAGGACCUGGAGGAAGCCGGUGUCCUGGACCCCAAACACAAGCGUGCUCUCCUGGACAGCCUGCAGCUGAGGAAGUGACCCCCCCCCCAAAUUCCAUCCAUCUGCCCCCCCCAGCACACACACACACACA